GUACAAGAAAACUCCCCAGGUCACAGGGCUGGAUUGGAGCCAUUCUUUGAUUUUAUUGUGUCUAUUAAUGGUUCGAGAUUGAAUAAAGACAAUGACACUCUCAAGGACCUGUUGAAAGCAAAUGUUGAAAAACCUGUAAAAAUGCUGGUGUACAGCAGCAAGACACUGGAACUGAGGGAAACAUCAGUGACCCCCAGCAACAUGUGGGGUGGGCAGGGCCUGCUGGGGGUGAGCAUUCGUUUCUGCAGCUUCGAUGGGGCCAAUGAAAAUGUGUGGCACGUACUGGAAGUGGAACCAAACUCUCCUGCUGCAUUAGCUGGGCUCAGACCUCAUAGUGAUUACAUCAUUGGAGCAGAUACUGUCAUGAAUGAGACUGAAGAUCUCUUCUCCCUUAUUGAAACACAUGAAGCAAAGCCGUUAAAACUUUAUGUAUAUAACACAGACACAGAUAACUGCCGGGAAGUGGUGAUAACUCCAAAUUCUGCCUGGGGUGGAGAAGGCAGCCUAGGGUGUGGCAUUGGCUAUGGUUAUUUGCAUAGGAUACCUACACGCCCUUUUGAAGAGGGAAAGAAAAUCUCUCUCCCAGGACAGCUGCCCAGUGCAUCUCUCAGUCCUCUCAAAGAUGGCUUUACAGAGGUUCAGCUGUCAUCAGUUAACCCCUCACCGCCAUUACCCCCUGGGCCAGCAGGACUCGAGCAGAGUCUGUCAGGACUUUCUAUUAGCUCACCCUCGACUACUGUCAGUAAUGUUCUCAGUACAGCAGGAGUUCCGACAGUCCCGUUGUUACCACCACAGGUCAGUCAGUCCCUUACCUCCGUGCCACCAGUUAAUCCAGCAACAACACUACCUGGUCUGAUGCCAUUACCAGCGGGGCUUCCCAACCUGACUGAUCUGUCCAAACUUAAUUUACCAGCACCACACAUUGUUCCGGAAAUGGUACAGCCUGGUAUGCCAACCCUUCCUUCUUUGCCGCCUUUGAAUCUAAUGGGAAUAACACCUCCAUUGAUGCCACCAAAAUGCGUUCCUCUGCUUCCUUUGGUCACAGAGGUAUCUACAGUGCCUACAGAUUUGCUUCCCACCAUGACUCAAGCUGGAAGCUUUUCUGUUGACCCUGGCACUACUGUAAAUGUAGAACAGACCUCUCCGCUCACCUUGGAUAGUGCUAGCCCAACUUCUAAGGCAACUAUUGACAGAUCAAAUGAAUCCUCUGCUGUGAAUGAGAAGGCAUCUGGCAUCACAGAUACACAUGCUUCUGAAUCGUAACUCCAGAUCACUCUGUCAGAAUGGCUCGGUAUUUAUUUAGCCAUGGGAUACAUAUUUGAAGAGCAAGCUAUCAUUAAUUUCAUACUAGUUUGUACUUAAUCUUUAGGAGUCCUGUAAAUAAUAUGGAGGUAUAAUAAAAAUAAAGGGGAUUUAUAAAGUGAGCUUGGCGGGAGGGGAAGAGUACUUGUACUUAACCAAAAAAAAAAAAAGAACCCCCCAAAAAACCCCCACAAUAAAGAAACAUUCAAGGUGGUAAAUAGAAGUCCACUGCCAAACUUGGACGUGUAUGUUUUUAAUAAAGGCUGAUAGCCGUAGCUAGGCCUCUCCUUGCUUCUAAGCAGCAAUUUUUGCUUCUCAUAGAAAUGAAACAGUUCUUGCAUGUGACAUUUACAUACCAUAGUGCUUGUCUUUGCAAGUAUCUUGUUACUGCAGUGGGGAUGAGGAUGUUUGGUCUGAGUCAUAAAUUUUAACAGUGCAAACUUCCACCUAAAGAUUUUUCUAUUAGAAUUGCUGAGUGACCUGUUAACUAACAUGUCAGUAUUCAGCUUGUAUACAAAUCUUUAUUUUUAAGCUCUUGAGAGAAGCUCAAGCCAUGUUUUGUGACUGCUGCUGUGCUGCUUCACACCCCCACUGUAAAAUGGCAUUUGGAAGGGAAUACAGGAUAUGUUACGUGUAGCACAUGAUUUGGCACUUCAUGACUACUGUAAGACAAAUUAAUGGAUUAAGCAGACAUACAGCAAUAAAUUCCUGGAAUUUCAUCCUGUGUGACAAAAUAGCACAUUUAUUUGUUCAAUACUGUAAGUUUUUCUGGUUUAAGCUCAGCUCUCUAGUACAGAUCGGUAAAAACGUUCUUUUCCUGAGGAAUGGAUCCAAGAAGGAAUGCCAGACUUCAGCAUGCAGGCAGGGUUAGCAGUGGUUAGAUCCGCUGUAGCAGUGAGUCACAAAAUCUGCCUGCAAGUGAUUCAUGUUUUUUUUGAAACCGAUGUUCAGGAUGAACACUGUGGAAUUAGAGCAGAUGAAACACUUUGUGUAACCUGGUAUGUGUGCUGUACUCCAGCUGACAGCCUCGGCUCCUGGGAUCAGAUACUUCCACGCUACUCCAGUCCUGUACUACUGGAAUUUCACUUAUAAAUGUUUCUUCAACCACGGUCUCACUUCUAGCUGUAAUCAGUUAUCUGGAGCUUGUCUCCUUUUGGCAAUGCAGUGUGCCUGAUCACUCUUAAGAACAGUAGUUGCAUUUGAUUGCUGAUCGUAAUGUUUCAAAUUAGUUCAAGUGGAAGCCUUAUCUAACAUUUGUUGUCCUGUCUUAUCUUUAUCCCUUAAGAAUUUGUCUUUCCUCUGGCCCAGCACUGCAUGUUCCCUCAUCACCUAUUAUCUAUUUGGAGAUCUGUUAAAGACUCCAAAUCCUUUUUCACACUGCUAGCAAUUUAUUUUCUCAACUGCUUGGAGUUUGAAGUCCCUCUGCCUUGGUAAAUACAAGGCUCAGAACUUCUCAGAAUGUAUCUUUUGACUUAUUUUAUUUUGUAACUCCGGUGUCACAUAUAUCAGAAUUAAACUUUGUAAUAAGGA